UCCCUUUUUCAUUGUCCAUGCACAUUACCAUAACUCAUCUCACUCAUGGAUUCAUCAAAUUGGUCCACCGGCCUCUGUGACUGCUUCUCCGAUUGUCGUGUUUGUUGCCUAACAUUCUUCUGUCCAUGCAUUACUUUUGGACGGAUAGCAGAAAUUUUAUCUAGGGGUUCAACCUCUUGUUGCGUAAGCGGAACAAUGUGUACACUGAUGGGGGGUACCCACCAUUUGGCAUUUCAUAACUUCUACACAAGCACUUACCGUACAAAGUUGAAGAAACACUACUCGAUUGAGCCUAACCAGUGCGAGGAUUGUUUGAUUCACAUGUGUUUCCAAAAAUGCGCCCUGUGUCAAGAGUACCGUGAGCUCCAACAGCGCGGAUUCGAGAUGUCCAUUGGAUGGGAAAAGAAUGUGGAGAAACAAACUCGCGGAGUGACGACUAUGGCUCCAAUGAUGGGUACUGAAGGCAUGAAACGUUAAUUGCAAAAAAUUAAACGUGGUUAUUAUAUAUGUUAAUUACUAAAUAUUGUAUGCUAGUCUUGUCCUUGCUAGCUAGUUCAUUAAAUAAUAUUUAGGACAACUACGUUUGUAAAAGAUGUGUUCUUUCCAUCAUAUAUAUAUAUAUAUAUAUAUAUAUAUAUAUAUAUAUAUAUAUAUAUAUUGCAUGGCCAUGGUGUGAAUGCAUGCAUAUAUGAUGGAAACCAUAAUUAGUUUGGUCAUCUGGAUGUGUUUGUUUUCAUGUUAUUUCCUUAUUGAAUCGUAAAAGUGUCUUCUUCGGUUAAUAAAAUGUUCCACUCUUUUUGUGGCGCUUUAUGUUUUCUUAUUGAA